AAUAUUAGUACUUAAUUCCAAACCCUAGGUUUAUAUUCUUCCCCUUCCAUCAUUUCGCGAUAGCGUUUCGUUUCAGGGAAACAUGGUGUCGCUCAAACUGCAAAAGCGCCUCGCUUCCAGUGUUCUCAAGUGCGGUAGAGGCAAAGUUUGGCUUGAUCCCAAUGAAGUCAAUGAAAUCUCCAUGGCCAAUUCUCGCCAAAACAUAAGGAAGCUUGUUAAGGAUGGUUUUAUCAUCAGGAAACCCACCAAGAUUCACUCCCGUUCACGUGCUCGUCGUAUGAAGGAAGCUAAGAGAAAAGGAAGACACUCUGGAUAUGGUAAGCGUAAGGGUACCAGGGAGGCAAGGCUUCCAACAAAGAUCCUUUGGAUGAGGAGAAUGCGUGUGCUCAGACGCCUGCUCCGCAAGUACAGGGAGUCUAAGAAGAUUGACAAGCAUAUGUACCAUGAUAUGUAUAUGAAGGUUAAGGGUAAUGUGUUUAAGAAUAAGAGAGUUCUUAUGGAGAGCAUUCACAAGUCCAAAGCUGAGAAGGCAAGAGAGAAGACCCUCUCUGACCAGUUUGAGGCCAAACGUGCCAAGAACAAAGCCAGCCGAGAAAGGAAGUUUGCUCGGAGGGAGGAGCGAUUUGCUCAAGGUCCUGGAGAGAAGCCAGCAGCUGCACCUGCUGCUCCACCUGCCGCCGCAUCACAGCCAACACAAGCACCAAAGAAAACCAAGAAGUGAGUGGCAUUCUGAGAUCGCUUGGCAGAAUCUUUGGACUGGCACCCUCAUUUACUGUUCUAAAGUAGUUUUGACAAGUCUUUUUGUUGGUUUAAGACUUUUUUUACUUUAAUUUAUUCAGUGUAUGAAUUUAUUAUAGUCCCUUUCCUAAAUGGUGUUUUGCUGUUUUUGUCAUGAAUUUGUUGCGGCAACACUUGUGUUAUGCUUUGCUAGUUAUGUCUUUAUACUUUGCUAACUUUGACAGUAUUGCUUUA